UUUCUUCAUCUUCGGUUUCGCUGUGUUGACGGCGGCAAAAUCGUCUAAAAAAUUAUCUUGGUGUGAUCCGCAGCUAUGUCCAAAUGGAAAGCGACACAUUGCGUGCGGCCACGAUGGGAGAGCCACCGCCGCCUGCCCACCCGAUGCCGUUAUGAUCGAUAUACGCUCACACAAGAAGGAGAUUCUACACGAGCAUAACAAACGUCGUAAUUUUGUAGCGCUCGGUCAUUUGCCUGGCUAUUAUCCCGCCUCGCGUAUGGCCACCAUGGCGUGGGACGAUGAGCUCGCCUUUCUCGCCGAACUUAACUUGAAAAUGUGCUAUGUGGAGCACGAUGACUGCAACAAUACGCCACGCUUUAAAUCAGUUGGACAAAAUCUAUCGGGCGUUGCCUACCAAAGGCAGGGUGUUAACAUAAGCGAAGUCAUAAGCCGUUCGAUGGGUUUGUGGUUUGGCGAAUAUCAUUUAAUCAAUAGCGGUUUUAUUGCAAGUUUCAGGGUCACACGCCAAUUUGAGCAGUAUGGUCACUUCGCGGAGUUCGUUGUGGAUCGUAAUACACAUGUCGGCUGUGCUGUGAUCCGUUAUACUAAUCCUGAUUUCCCAUUACACCACAUCUAUAACAUGGCCUGCAAUUAUGCAAGCAAAUAUGCUUUGGGUAUUCCGGUUUAUCGGGUGGGCACACCAGCUUCAGAGUGUAAAAAAGGCAAAAACCGUUACUAUCCGGGCUUAUGCUCUCCUAAAGAGAUAUAUAAUCCUCACUAUGAAUAA